CGGCGCGUGCAAAGUAUCACGUUCCACUUUGUAGUAUUUAGCUUAUUUUUAACAAUAAAUUAUCACAGUAAAAUAAAAAAUAAAAAAAAACACGGAAAGACGUUAAAUUACUGGGGAAACAAUGAAGUGACACUUUAGUUUAGGCGUCUUCUUGAACUCCAGCUGAUCUUUGACCAACCCUUCCACCCCCCGACCCCCCGACCCCCCAUCCCGCAGACACUCUACCCGUCAGAGGCGCAUCCUGCCGGGGCUACCUCCGCCACACCUGCCGUAACCCUCGAGGAAACGGUCACGGAUUACGGUACCGCAUUCUACGACCUACUUUUGAAAUGAACCGGUCGACAAAGUUAGAAAGAGUUGAUUUUUUACAUCUGUACCUAAGAAUGAACCGACUACAAGGAUAUAUGGUGGUUUUGGUUCUGGUCUGCUUCUGUCCCACCGGGGCAUUUCCACAGUCUGGUCUUGACUUGGGAGGCAGGAGGACACGACGGGAUGUCCCCUGCAGAGACAACCUGGAGUACCCAAACGGCAACAUCUGCUGCUUAAACUGCCCAGCUGGUACACAUAUGAAGUCACCCUGCAGCACAGCAGGGAAGAAAGGGCAGUGUGAGGAAUGCGAAUAUGGGACAUACACAGAGCAUUCCAAUGGACUGAAACAGUGUUUCCGAUGUACACAGUGCCGCUUAGAUCAGGAAAUUGUACAGCCGUGUACCUUCACUCAUAAUACUGAAUGUCGGUGCAAAUCAGGAAGAUUUUGUGCCCCCGACCAAGCAUGUGAGGUGUGCAAGAAGUGUUCAAGUUGUGGAAAAGAUGAAGUGAUCGUGAGGAACUGCACCUCCACCUCCAACACCGAGUGCAAGAAACGCCCACCUCCCUCUGGUUCUGCAUCAGAAAAUGCUGCUUGGAUUGUGCCACUUGUAGUGUUUGCUGUAGUGGUCAUUGCUGCAGUGCUAUAUUGGUGGAUAAAGAUCCAUGGAAGAACAGACUCUGUGAGCAGUCCAUCUGAUGGGGUCAAAGCAGGACCAGAUUACAGCACCAGCACCGAGGAGAAGAAUGGUCAGAGCCGAAAGCCGAGCCCCUCCUCCCUGCUCCUGCCCCGGGUAUUGGUGAGAUCCAAAUUCUCCGCCGUGGAGGAUGAGUGUCAAGAGUUGUGUGAAAGCCUCACCAGUACUGCCAGUAACUCCCAGAACAGUCUAACCGGCCCGCCUGCCUCUGCCUUCCCUGCGCCCCCCCCUCCAGUCACCCUUGUAGUCUCCACGCCGCUCAACAACAGGCCCGAUGAACUACUGCUCAAGGUUGUUCCUGUGAACGGUGAAGAAUCCUUGAGGAGCUGCUUUGAGUUUUUCGAAGACUUGGACGUCAACUACCACUCCAGAUUCUUCCGCCUCCUUGGAAUCAAUGAUAAUUUGAUCAAAAGCAAAGAGAGUCUUUGCUACGUAGACAGAGUUCACGAUUUGCUCAACGUUUGGCUGGAGAAAGAGGGCGGAGACGCCAGCUUAAACGACCUCCUGAAGGCGCUACUGGAUUUGAAUCAGAGGCGGACGGCAGAGAUUAUCAGGAUGAAAGCCAUUGAGGGCUGUUUUUACGUACGCGAGUGACGGAAUCACCUCAUGGAACCCUUCAUGUCCAAGACUUUGCGUAGUUCAAUCCUGGUCAGAGGCUUCAGUCAUUAGUCCAUAUUUUACUGGUGUGAGGUGUCAGUUAUGCCACUUUACACAGCUUUUUUUUUUUGGCAUUCCCACUAUGUGAAGGCAAACUGUCACACACUCUCUCUAGUCCCACCUUGGCUGAGGUUCCAAGGGAGUGCGACAGGGCCACAAAGCAGCGUCCUGCGUAGUAUGACAACUACUCACAGGAAUUAUUAUUGGCUUGAAGUCAGUGGUUUUCAGGAUGUCAUUUUCCAUGUACAGAAGUGAAAGCCAGUUCAAACAAUGCUGCCCCUUUUCGCUACGAAGCCGAUUU